CUCCCCGAAACUCAGGCGAGGCGCCCCGAUCGAGCAGAUGAGUUGCUUGAUCAAAUGCCGGUUCUGCGCGUUUCGCAUUCCCCCUUUCUGAUUGUUGCUUUCGUUGUCUAGCUAGUGUUUCUGCGUUUGCAAUUGCGUCCGGCGAAUCGCUCUGUGCGUGGUGGAUGGCUUCCAAUUCCACGGCAUUGGGUAAGGAGAGAGUGAUGUAUGGUUUCUGUGCUGGAAAUCAUCCCCGGUGGUGGGUAAUGCAACUGACCACCACCACCACCUGUUUGAGGAAAUUCCAGUUUCAGUUCAUAAAUUGUAGCAGGAGUCUGUCUAGGGUGCUUGGGAGACCUGUGAAUGAUCCGUUCGUUGAUCGCUUGCAAUCUAGAAAUCUACAACACAAGGCACCUGUGGAAAGGUAAAUACUUAAAUAACCGUCAAGGCAUCAAGGGAAGCAUGUGCUGGCGGCUUGUGCUUGAUGAUGUUUAAAAGUCCUCAGCGCAUGGGAGGGGGACCUGUACUGCCUGUGCUUUGAGCAUGACCCGCAGCAGGUGAACGGUCAGUUCGGAGACAGAGAGUGGUUGAAGUUGUGUGUGUGUGAAUGCGACUGCGUCAAUUAAUGGGAUGCAACAGAAGACAGGAAUUGAUCAAGAGAGUUGCAUGUCCGUUCAGGUGAGCAGGAUGUCGUGUCGACAUUUGGAGGAGGGGUUAUCAGGGUCAUAAUGGCGUUGAUUUGGGCAUGAGAGGCACAAUGCAACACACGGCCGGGGGAGGUGGACUGAUCGGAGCAGGCAGGAAGGCAGCAGCUGGACAGAUGAGCCGGGAUUUCCCCCCUGUCCUGGGAGGGAUGUGCAGCUCGUGGAGUAAGGCGUAAGCGAAGGCGACCGCGACGAGCUACAGGAACGAGGAGGUCGCGGCCGGGUGCGGACGAGGGCGAGGCACGCUAUUCCAGUCCAGCUCUAUACCUAGCCGGCAAGAAUAAGGUCUACACAUGCAUGUUCAUGGUAGUUGGCGGACGCAUAUGAAUCAGGCAUGAAUAGGGGGCAUAUCAGCAGCUCGGAGCUCAUCGACGCGAAGCUCGAGGAACGCCGGAUCUCCACGGCCAAACACUGCCCUAGCUGCGGCAACAAGCUCGACUGCAAACCGAAGGAUUGGGUGGGCCUGCCGGCAGGCGUCAAGUUCGAUCCGACGGACCAGGAGCUGAUCGAGCACCUCGAGGCCAAAGUGAGGGAAGAAGGCUCAAGAUCUCACCCUCUCAUCGAUGAGUUCAUACCCACAAUAGAAGGGGAGGACGGCAUAUGCUACACCCACCCUGAGAAACUUCCAGGUGUGACAAGGGACGGCCUGAGCAAGCACUUCUUCCACCGGCCGUCGAAAGCGUACACGACGGGCACGAGGAAGCGGCGGAAGAUCCAGACGGAGUGCGACGUGCAAAAGGGCGAGACGAGAUGGCACAAGACCGGCAAGACCCGGCCGGUGAUGGUGAACGGCCGGCAGAAGGGGUGCAAGAAGAUACUUGUGCUCUACACCAACUUCGGCAAGCACCGCAAGCCGGAGAAGACCAACUGGGUGAUGCACCAGUACCACCUGGGCGACCUCGAGGAGGAGAAGGAGGGGGAGCUGGUCGUCUGCAAGAUCUUCUACCAGACGCAGCCGAGGCAGUGCAGCUGGUCCUCCGACCGGGGCGGCGCCGCCUCCGCCGCCACGACGGCGCAGGCGGAGCAGCGGAGGAGGGACAGCGGGAGCGGCAGCUGCUCGUCGAGAGACCACGAGGUGUCGGCGACGUCCUACCCGGCCGGGUACGCCGUCGCCGCGGCCGUCGAGAUGCAGCAUUUGAAGCAUGCCGCGGACCAUUUCAGCUUCGCGCCCUUCAGAAAGAGCUUUGAGGAGGUUGGUGUAAGUGCUGAUCAGGUACCCUCGAAUCAACUUGGGAGGUCAGAGCAGCAGCAUGCUGGCCAGGAACAACAGCCGCACCGGCCGUUGCUUGCAACAACGACGGCGGUGCCUGCCACGGCUUUCCUGAUCAGCCGGCCGACGAACCCUGCAGUAUCAUCUAUAGUGCCACCGGCAAUGCAGCAUGCAUCUGUCGUUCUUGAUCAUGAUCAGUUCCACGUGCCAGCAAUCCUUCUCCACCAUGACAAAUUUCAGCAGCAGCAAAAGCUCGACCGCAGGUCUGCCGGCUUGGAGGAACUGAUAAUGGGCUGCACGUCUUCGAGCACAAAAGGAGAAGCUUCAAUUCCUCACUCCCAAGAGACAGAAUGGCCUUACCCGUCAUACUGGCCUCCUGACAACCAGGAUCAUCAUGGAUAGUAGCAACAAGGCUGGUAAAUAGUGAAGAUCAAUACACCAAAAAAAACUAACCACAUUCUCUUUCGCUUGUGUGGUCUCUGUCUUCUUGAAUAUACAACAUUGCUUUCUUGGAGAAUGUAUGUGUACUACGGUUGGGAGAAGAAAAAGAUUAAAGAGAUCUGUAUAGAUCUGCUUCAAUGAAAAAAGGGGGAUCAAAUUAACUGUGCAAGGACACUCCAGCAUAGAAGAGACAAAGUUGCUUAAAGAAAAGAGAGGUCACAGAAAAAGAUUGGGGGCAAAGGUAUUGUUGUGCUUACAUCAGAAUGAAGGCUAGACAUGCAUGGCUAGAUGCAGUCAAUAUUAAUGCACCUUAAUCAAAGCAUAAUUAUAAUCACAUUUUGGUUUUA